AUGUCUUUUAUGCCAAUUGAUCAAGCUAUAGAACACUUUAAACAAAAUAAAUUCGUUAUUGUAAUGGACGAUGAAAGUCGUGAAAAUGAAGGGGAUUUGAUUUGUGCUGCUGAAAACGUUACUACAGAACAUUUGGCAUUCCUAGUACGUCAUUCUUCAGGUUACGUUUGUACCCCUAUGAGUAAUAAAUUUGCCGAUAGGUUAGAUUUACCUUUAUUAAGAACUGGAAUGAAUUAUGUUUCGAACGCAGACGAUAGACAUGGUACUGCUUACACUAUUACUGUCGACGUUGCUGAAGGAACAACUACAGGGAUUUCUGCUCAUGAUAGAGCUUUGACUUGCAAAACUUUGGCUAAACCAGAUGCUAAACCUACAGAUUUCUUGAAACCAGGUCAUAUUUGUCCUCUAAGAGCAGUUGAUGGCGGUGUCUUAAAUAGAAGAGGUCAUACUGAAGCAGCCGUUGAUUUAUGUCAAUUGAGUGGAUUACAACCUGUCGGUGUCAUUUGUGAGCUGGUUAACGAUCGUGACGGUUCAAUGAUGAGAUUAGAUGAUUGUAAAGAAUUCGGUAAAAAAUAUGAUGUUCCUUUAAUUACAAUUGAUGCUCUGGCUGAUUACAUUAAAGCUCAAAAAUAA